CCACUAAAUUUCCAAAAUAAAAUAGCCACUGAAGUGUAAUACUUGAGGGGUCAUGAUGUCUUCGUAAAAGCUAUAAAAUGAAGACAUUGGGAUCGCUAUUUUGAAAUUCAGUUAGGUUUCCUGCAUUAAGAGUUGUUUACAGUUACUGGAAAUGUAGCUGCAGGGCAAAAACAAAGAAUAGAUAAAGCAGAUGGGUCGUAACCCAACCCAUGUUCUGGAAGAAAAAGGGCAGGAGAACGAUUGCCUUGCUUCAAUUCAUAUCACCUGUUGUUUUUUUUUGGGGGGGAUCAAUUCUCUCCAUGGAGAUUUGAAUUGUAAUUAUGCAAGAUAAAAAUGAAAACUUCUCGCAUAACUUCUACGUUUUUGCUUUUAUCCGAGUUUAUGAGCUCAAGAAAGGCUUUUUGCAAUACCUUUUCUUCCCAAUCUUCCCCCCAAUUUCAUACAUAUUCAAGUUUAGACUCCCAAGUGUCAGCUCUUAUCCUUUCAAUAAGGUCUUGUACUUCGAUCUCUUAUUGCCGUUUGCUUCAUUGCAGGGUAAUCAAGUCUUUAAGUUACAAUCAUGGUUUUAUUGGUGAUCAGAUAGUGGCUGCUUAUGUUAGUUUGGGAUGCACUGAAGAUGCGGAGAAAUUGUUCGAUGAAUUGCCUGACAAGGACUUGGUCUCUUGGAAUUCUCUAAUUUCUGGGUUUGCACGUGGAGGAGAUUUGGGUAAUUGCUUAAAAGCGUUUUCCAGGAUGAGGUCUGAAUCAGAUAUGACACCCAAUGACGUUACACUUAUAUCUUUAAUUUCACCUUGCACUGAUACUGCAGCUCUUGAUGUGGGCAAGUACGUUCACGGGAUUGCAAUGAAAUUAGGUAUUCUUUUGGAGGUGAAAGUUGGUAAUGCUCUUAUUAACUUGUACGGAAAGUCUGGAUGUAUGGAUAGAGCUUGUCUAUUAUUCGAGGAAAUGCCUUUGCAGAAUUCGGUAACAUGGAAUUCAGUCAUUGCAGUUCAUGUUCAAGUGGGAUUGGCUGAGGAAGGAUUGAGAUAUUUUUUUAUGAUGAGAAGGGCUGGAACUGUUGCUGAUCAGGCCACUCUAGUAACCUUGCUUCAGGCGUGUGAAAAUCUAGGUGUAAGGAAACUGGUAGAGGCUAUUCAUGGUUACCUCUUCAGCUGUGGUCUUAAUAUGAACUUAGCUAUAGCAACUACAUUGUUAAAGUUGUAUGCCAACUUGGGUAUAUUAAGUGCUUCUCAGAAGGUCUUUGGAGAGAUGAUUAAGCCAGAUGCAGUGGCAUGGACUGCCAUGCUUGCAGGCUAUGCAGCACAUGGUUGUGGGAAAGAUGCAAUAGAACUUUUUGAACUCAUGGUUAGAGAAGGUGCGGUACUUGAUCAUGUUACAUUCACUCACUUGUUAAGUGCUUGUAGUCAUUCAGGGCUAGUAAAGGAGGGAAAAUAUUACUUUGAGAUUAUGUCUAAAGUUUAUGGAGUUGAACUGAGGGUGGAUCACUAUUCAUGCAUGGUAGAUCUGCUAGGGCGCUCUGGACUUUUAGACGAAGCUUAUAAGCUUGUCAAAAGCAUGCCAUUAGAGCCAAAUUCUGGUGUCUGGGGCGCUCUUAUUGGCGCAUGUAGGGUCUAUGGUAAUGUUGAACUUGGGAAGGAAUGUGCAGAGCAAUUGAUUGCUUUAGACCCAUCAGACUCUAGAAACUACAUCAUGUUAUCAAAUAUGUAUUCUGCAGCUGGUCAAUGGAGAAAUGCUUCAAAGGUGAGGGUAUUGAUGAAGGAGAAAAAUCUCAUCAGAAAUCCUGGAUGUAGCUAUAUAGAACAUGAAAAUAUAAUUCGUAGCUUUGUAAUGGGUGAUCAAUCUCACCCUGAGACAGAGCAAAUAUAUAAAAAGUUGGAAGAGCUUAUUGGGAGGAUUAGAAAUGCAGGAUAUGCAUCAAAAACAGAAUUUGUUCUGCAUGAUGUUGGUGAGGAUGUGAAAGAGGAUGUCAUCAAUAAGCAUAGUGAGAAGUUAGCCAUUGCAUUUGGACUUUUGAUGACUAAUGCUAACAUGCCAUUAAUUAUAACAAAGAACCUCAGAAUAUGUGGUGAUUGUCACAGCUGGGCAAAAUUCAUAUCACUGAUUGAGAUGCGUACAAUAAUAAUUCGGGAUACAAAGCGGUUUCACCAUUUUGCCAAUGGAUCAUGUUCUUGUGGGGAUUAUUGGUAAUUCUCAACACUAACUCUUGAUAUUAAGUUAUAUUUAUACAAAUUACUCCCUUGUGAUAUCAAUAGAAGCAAUUCUUCAUAGCAAAAUAUAGCAUGCUUACAUUUAUAACUUGAUAUUGAAUUAUCUAGUUGUUAAGGUCUAGUUGUUAAGGUUUAGUUGUUUGGCAAUUUAUAUUCGUGUUAGAGCUAAAUGGUGUGUUAGCCUACAGGUCAGUGUUGGUCAGCAAAGUAGAGGAAAUAGGUGGUUCUAGAAAUAGCGAUUGUAGAGAUAGAACAAAAGCUGUAAAUAGAGUGAUUAUUGUAGUAAACUGACCCUUUUGGAAUAAUCUGGUUAUUGUUUAAUUCAACAUAAAGGUAUAGCUGUUACAAUAAGGGAAGGAAUUAGACUAACAAGUAAGUGGCACAAGGCUUGGCUAUGAAUUAUGAUCAAGAGAUGAUACUUCAGUUUUUUUUUUUUUUCUCUUCAAACAGAACAAAUUACACAUAUUGUGCCAAAGACAUCACUUCUUACAUGACUAUCUAUCACUACGAAUCCAUAAUUUUCCUCUUCAUUGUCUUCUGACUCAUUGAUGCUUGAACGUUCAACACUGAAAAUGGUUCUCUGCCUUCAGCAGCCUUGUUUCAGCCCAAACUUUGAAAUUACACAAUCUGUAGCAAAAAUAUGAGAGGAAAAAGUACCUCUCCCAUUAUUGGCAUGACUGCAGCGAUUAUGACUCGAGUUUGAUAACCUGGUUUGUAGGUCACUCCCAAAACACUAAAAAUUAUAGGGUGGAAUGGUGAUUCCAUAUAGGCAUAUUACAUGAAAUGACAAACCAUUAAAAAGUUAACGUAUAGAUGAAUCUUUUUUUUAUACGGGGUUCACUUAUUUCUUUGAGGGUAUAUUUUAUCUCUUUACUGAAUUUCUAUUGGCUUACAAAUUCUAUAUAGACAAUCCUACAGGAAUCACAUCACCAUAAAAUUACUCCCCAAAACCCCAUCCAGCUUCUUGCUUUUGAAAUUUUAGAGCAAACCACCAUCCUCCGUCACAUCAUAACUAUGCACCCUUUGAUACUUCUCAGAUGAUUGGUUUCGUUAUUUUUGGCCUCCACUCUUAGUACCAUAACAUGCUCUUCCUCUUCCCACUUUGCUGCUUUUUGUGCGCAAUUGUAUGAGAUCCAAACAAGACUCCAAUGGACUGACUACCAAGCUCAAGUUCUUGUCCUUAUGUCACAAUCUGAUUGACAUCCAAGAAACUUCCCAUUAGUAUCCAUGAGAUAUGACCGUAAAUGCUUAAUGAUGAUAUGCCGUUUAGUUUUUCACAUGAAACGUGUUGAACAAAAAAAGUAAUAUCCUAAAUAUAUCUAUCUUUCUCUAUUGCGUCACAAUGGUUAUUUCUUCUUUGAUGUGUUGAUUCACUAAUUAAUAUAUAUUAGACUUUUUGCAAUAUAUAUAUUAUAUUAUUGAAAUAUCUAACCGAGAGUUUGAAUAUUUAAUAUGUAGUAGUGAUCACAUGAAGGUACAGGUAUUCUAUAUAAAAUAAUAAGCCAAUCUGAAAUAAACAUGUAGAUUAUUAUAUUUAUUAAAUUCUUUUAAAAUAUUAUUUAAUUUGCAUAUUUUGAAUAUAACACUAAGCAAUUGACCUCUUGUUCUUUCAUCUUUUGCAUUCAAAGACAAUUCCUUCACUCUGUUUUCUGCCACAUUAGUUAAGUCUAAUUUAUUUUAUUAACACGCUAUUAAAACAUAUCGCUAUUUUAAUUUUAGCAACACAAUUUUUUUUCUUUUUAAAACUGCACGCAAAAAUUUAUGCCGGGUA